ACAUUUAACUUUCAUUGAAAAAAUUAAAGACAUUCCCGUAGACUUCAAAAUAAAAGUCGUUCAUGUUGUUUUCAAGCACUUCCGGCACGUCAGUCUGCUGACUCAUUAUCCAAGAUGGCGACCUUCUCUCCCCCCGUCCCCUCAAAUGUCUUUUCCUUACUGACCUCUGAAUUCAGAUAGUUUUAUUUCUUUCUUAAGAAACACUGCAGCUCCUCACACAUGUUUGUCAGUCAGCUUUGACUGAGAAGUUUUUUAUUUUAAGAAACGCCUUUGCUUUAAAACAUAAAGAACAUACAAAAUCGAACACAUUUACAAAAUACAACUAUUGCUUUCCUUCGUAAAAAAGGACUUUUAGGAAGAGUCAUUUCAAUUCGUUAAAUAUUAAAAUAUAUAAAACAGCAGGUUUGCUGAAAAAGAAACCGUUGCGAUCCGCCAUUUACAAGAAGAAGAAAAGAGGAACUGUCGGACGGGUCCCGGCAUUUCCUACCGGAAACAGAUUCGGUAACACCGCCGCGUCCCACAGCAAAACAAAUCCGACCAGGGAGUUCUAGAAUGAAUGAAACCAAACUUUGAAAACCAAGUCUUUUGGGAAGGACAGAACAGGCCAACAGGUCACCCGCCAGUGGAGGACUCUGGUGGGACCCGGUCCCCGCAAGUCCUGGUGCCAUGCAGGCGGAGUUCCGGGCUCCGCGGAGACGCGCACGGGUGCACGAGGAGUACGUGGCUCCGCUGCCUGUGAGCCGCAGUCCGGAGGAGAGGAGCCACUUCCGGGCGGAGCUCAUCAACCAACACGUGCUGGUCUGCCAUCCGGACCACAUCCAGAAGAUAUAUAACCAGGGUUACUUUGGUAAAGGCGUCCUGUCCAGAGCGAGACCGGACCACAGCGUCUCUGACCAAUGGGAACAACACGAAGGUUUGUUCCUACCUGUCGUCUCACAGUCCAGGUAUGAAGAGCUCCUCAGGUGGGCGGGUUCCGCUCUCUCUGCUCAGGGAUUGGACGAAGACGCUGUCAAUCAAACCCUGCUCGACCUCGCUCGGCCCGUAGAGAUGGAGGAUGUGAGGAGGGAGGGGAGUGGAGGGGAGGAGCCGGGACCGAAUGGGGGAGCCAGUCCCCAAACAAAGAGUCCGGGGUCAGAGGUCGAGCCAGAGGCCAAGAGAAGCCGCAGGUCGAGCCCCCAAAACCACGACCAAGACCCUGAUCCUGAUCCCAGCGGCGACCCGGGAUCUGAUGUAGACCCUGAACUCAACUCAGACUCUGACUCUGAUCCUGGUCCCUUGGUUCCCGGGCCUGGUUUUGUCCUUGUGGUCUCUGACAGUGAGGUGUGUGGGGGGGUCAAGGAGAUCCGGCGGACUCCUUUCUCUCUCACAGAGUACCUGCAACUCAGUCUGGAGGAGGCCUUCUUCCUGGUCUACAGUCUGGGCUGCCUGUCUGUCUACCUGAACCAGGAGCCGCAGUCGAUCCUCCAGCUGUGGAGGGAGUUUUGCUCCAUGAGGCCCGACUUCGUCAGCUCCUUCGCCGCCUAUCAGCACUGUCGGAGCAGGGGGUGGGUCCCUAAAGGAGGGGGCGGGGCCAAGUACGGCGUGGACCUCAUGUUGUAUAGGAAAGGACCCCCUUUCUACCACGCCAGUUAUUCGGUUGUGAUUGAGCGGGUUGAUGAUGCGUUCAAGGGCUCGCCGUUGCGUCCGUUCUCGUGGCGUUCUCUGGCGGCUCACAGCAGGAUCACCUCCAACGUCUCGAAGGAGCUGAUGUUGUGUUACAUCAUCUUCCCGGCCGACCUAUCAGAAGCUGAGCUGGACUCGCCCGUCUGUCUGAGCAGACUGAAGGUUCAGGAAGUGAUCGUCAGCCGUUGGGUUUCCACCAAAGAGCGAGCGGAGCAGGAAGACAUCUGAUUGGCUGAGAAGAAACUGAUGAUGUCACCGUGUGAUGUCCCGAAGAGACUGAUGACAUCAGCCAAAAGAGGAUAAGAUUAUUUAUUGUCAUUGAAGAGUCUGAAACAAGACAACAUCAAAUGUUUGAGUGUCCCUGAACGCAGCACGAGUCCUCACAAGGACUUAAAGACCAGUGGAGGUGUGUGGAGCUCCUACAGGUUGUGUUUCUUGAACAAUAAAAAAUAUUUUAUAGAAUCAAAGAACUUCCUGUCCUCUCUAAUGUUCCAGUGAUUCUCCUGAGGGUUAAUUUACUUUUUUCUUUCAUUCAAAAAUGUAAAUGUGCUCGAUUGGAAUAAUGUGAAGAUAAUUGUGAG